AUGCAUUACCCAGACAACAGACCCGGAUUUGUCGGAGCUCCAGUCCCAGAGCGGACCCGGUACCCGUAUCAGCAGGAGCAGCUGUCGCCGGAGCAAGAACUCUCGGUUAUAGUCUCCGCCCUGCAGCACGUCAUCUCAGGUGAAAGCGAAACGGCGCCGUAUCAGGGUUUCUCCAGCGAUAGCACAGUGAUUAGCGCGGGAAUGCCUCGGUCGGUUUCCGACACUUGCCAAGUGUGCAGGAUCGAAGGAUGUCUCGGCUGCAACUACUUUUUCGCGCCAAAUCAGAGAAUUGAAAAAACUCAACAAAUAAAUGUAGUAGAAGUAGAAGAAGACGAAGAAGGGAUUACUGUUAGCAGCAGUAGAAGAGAGAGCUCUGCGAGCACGACGAAGAAAGCGGAAGGCGGGAAAAUCAGGAAGAGGAAGAACAAGAAGAACGGUUACAGAGGAGUGAGACAGAGACCUUGGGGAAAAUUCGCAGCUGAGAUCAGGGAUCCCGUGAGAGCGACACGCGUCUGGCUCGGAACUUUUGAAACCGCGGAGGAUGCGGCUCGAGCCUAUGAUCGAGCGGCUAUUGGAUUCCGUGGGCCACGCGCCAAACUCAACUUCCCGUUUGUGGAUUACACUUCAUCUACUUCUUCCCCUGUUGCGGCCGACGAUAUCGGAACGAAUGCGAGCGUGAGUGCCAGCGCGGCGGAUUCAGCAGAAGCAGAGCAGUGGCGAGGAGGAGACUGUGAUAUGGAGGAAUAUUUGAAUAUGAUGAUGAUGGAUUUUGGGAAUGGAGAUUCCUCGGAUUCAGGAAACACUAUUGCUGAUAUGUUCCAGUGA